AAAGAAAAACACAAAACUAACAUCCACAAAAUAAACAAAAAAGAAAUAAUGGCAAUGAAGAAUAUCAACAACUUCUUUGUCGCCCUCUUUGUCUCGGCUGUGCUAGUGAGCUCAGCCACAGCGGCUACCAUGGAGUCUCCAGCACCAGCACCAGGUGCUUCCUCUGCCACCGUGGCUUUUCCGGUGGUUGGCUCCAUCGUUGCUGCAUCACUCUCCGCCUUCUUGGCUCUUCUCUUGCAGUAAAUAUAUAUAUAUUAAGGAGGGGCUUCUACGAGAAAAAAACUCUUUUUUGUUAUGAUAGGUCCCUUAGAAUCUAUGCAAAAUAAUUUUGUCAAAUAACCCAAUUUGAUGUAUAUUCUCAUUGUAUAAGUUAUUACACUAAUACUUUUAUGAUAUGAUAAUAAUAAUUAUAAUAAUGUCCUAAGCGCUCGUUGAUCAGAUUUUAUGAAUCUGAUCAAUAAAUUUAUUGCUUUGUGAUUAAUAAUGUCUUUAAUACACAAAAUGGCUGCAUGAAAAAGUUGUGGUUAGUGUUUC